AUGGACGCUGAAGUGAGCAGGGAUACGCUGGGCUCGGAUGAGGACAUCCAACUGAGCUACGAUCAACGACUCAUUGAUAGUAACUAUGCAAAUUCACCACAUACAAGUUUGGGGGAGCCAUCAAUCGAUCCCUUCGAUGUUACGGAAAAAGGUUUUGGCUUGGCUCGACGAGAUACUAAAGAAGUGACACAGACUGUAACGGCAGUUGUGGCAACUGCAAUUGACGUGAUUAUUGAAAGCGGCUCGCAGACUAUCGCGCAAGUAACGGUUACAUCACUUCCGGCAGUUGUAUCGGUUCCGACGCUGGGUAUAGUCACAAUCCCAGCAGAUCCUAAUCCUUCAGCAGUAACAGCCGCAACGGCAGUUGUCGCAGCGACUGCUGCAUUCCUACUUUUACGAUGGAGGAGGAAACGAGCACAAUCGACUGCCGGUACAACGGAGACAACUUCGAGGGGUAUUCAGGACGGCUCGGGACCCCGUUCAGCUGAAAUGGCCUCCCAGCGUUCGAGUAAUACACCGCUAGCGGCCGCCUCAGUUUUAGGUCGCUGGGCUUCAUCGUCAUCUCGUCGCUCUGGACGGCGAGAAGACGGAUUCGGCGCAACAGGCGAGCGCGGAUUUCAAAAAAUCUCAGGUCGCAAGAUUCCUUCUGUUCUUCACACGGGUGGAGAUGGAUAUGGAGAUGAAAUCGGAGAAGAACCUGUCCCAGAAUUACGGACUCCACCUCUAGAAGCGACCAGUCCGGUAUCACCCGUCAGUGCGAUCGGUGGUGGAAAUCACCACUAUCCUCCCAUGCGCGAUGAUUUCAUUGCAGCAGGUGUAGGAGUAGGCGCAUUUGUAUUGCGACCAUCCCCUGCCCGAACACCAACAACGAGCUCAGUGGAUCUGGCAGCUCCAUCGCAAUCGAGUCAGACAGGGGUUUCGCCCGCGAGACCUGAUCCAUUGGGACGAACACUGUCACGAUACGAUGGGAGUCGAAGCAGUCGCUUUACAGAAGGUAUCUGAUCAACCACACUCCCACCUAUAUCAUACGAAUCACGACCGUAAUCUAUAUUUCUGGGACAUGUCCGUUUUUGCCUUUUAUCUAUUUUUUUCACAUCUGUGGUCUAUUUUCGGCCUUUUCCCCAUAGUUAUUUUUCGUACAUACCCGACUCUUCUUAAAUGUUUAUAGGAUUGAGAGUCGAUCUGUCCGCUCGACUAUUUACCUGCUGGAUGCAUUGUAUUUUAUUCUGGAUUUAUAUCAUUUAAU